AUGCCGGAGGAGGUCAUUCUCAUGUUCGACGUCGCCGGCGUCCUGACGACGUCACCGUACCCCGCGUCGCGGCGACUCGCGGAGACGGUGAUGCGCUGCGUCUUUGAGCGUGCGGAGGCGCAUCUCAGGUCGACCAUUGGCAAUGAAUCGCCAAGUCUCUUGGCGCAACACUACUCCAGCUUUUUUUCACUUGUGCGGAAUUUCACGGAAAAUGCACGCGGCUGUAAGGGUGCGUUUGAGCGUCUUGAGCUGGGCGAGAUCAACCGCGUGCAGUUCGUUUCGAUGUUCCAUGCGGAGAUGGAGUUCAUGCUUACGGCACUCUCCAAGAAGAAUCCGGAGGAGCUGGAUUUGAUGCGCAUCGCCAACCCCAAACGCGUCGUGGCGCUGCGCGAGCGCUACCCGCUGCUCGGGGACCCAGUGAUUCAGGAGCUGGUGCGCGAGCUGGUGGACUCCGAGGCGUUUCUCUGCACAAUGGAGAAGGUGUCGCCUCGGCGCAAUGUGCUGAACCUGCUCCACUACCUUCGGAUGAAGAGCCAGCAGGAGAUACGUCUCGUGGUAGUGGCGAACACCUGGGAGGUGGAGGGGCAAUACGCGCGCAUGAGCAAAGCACUGUCGAACGCCGUUGGGGACUCCAAUUGGUCGUACUUCCCCUCAAGCUGCCCCAUCGACUACAACAAGGGCGGUGUGAAGUCGUCUUUCCUCAUCAACGGUCUCUUCGACGCGUACGUGCAGAGUUACACGUUCCACAAUCGUAAACCAUUUCCUGAUAUUUUUAUUCACGCAACGGACGAGGCGAUGAAGACCCGCAUGCUUUCUGAGGCAUCAAUAAAGUUUGAUGUGAAGCCCCAUAUUUUCCUGUUCGACGAUGUACUUGAAAAUUGCGAAACGGCGCGUAAUUUGCCCGACAGUUCAUUCGAAAAGGUUUACUACGUCGAAAACGGGGCGUAUGACGUGUACGAGGACGUGCUGGACGCACUAAAGACGGUUGGUGCAACGGACUCCUUCUGGGCGGAGGUGGCAAGAGGUGUAGAGAGCGAUGUGUCGCCGCUCUUCAAACCUCCACGCGACCCGCAAGGAAAGCCGACCUCGUGGAUCAAUGAGGAGAUGUACAACUACAACAACAACCUGCUGAUUCUCCCACCACCGCUCUGUGAAGCCUGCGAGCCACGUGGCGUACUUGAAUCCGACUCAUUCCUAAACGACAAUGACAAGGACGCCAUUCUGUUUUAUUGCGCACAACACCUUCCGCAUCUGUUCCCUAUUGAUAUUCCCAGCACCUACACGAGGAAUCUCCAGCUUGCGCGCAAGCCGGGGUUUGCCACGUCAGCUGGGCCCAUCGUCUUUGAGCCGAUGUGGGGGUCUGGCUUCUUCAAGACAUAUCGCAUCACACUCCGUACCGGAAGUUACGUUCUUCGCGUACAACCCAGCGGCCCAAUGCCUUAUGGCACUGUCGACAUUCGCACAGAGUGUGAGGUGGUGCGCUAUCUCAGCCAGGCUUCAUUACUUCCUCUGGCCAAUUGCCUUCUAUAUUGCGACUCAUACUCUGCCAACGGCCACCGUUUCUCUUUGCGGCGCUAUGUUGAUGGCGAGAUCAUCACACACCUCUCGAAGCUCAUUCAACCACGCAUUCACCGUCCUUACUCGAAGGGGCGUCAGGUGGUCAACCUGGAGUUUGACCCCCGCCGCUUCUUUCUGAACGCAAUAGUUGUGUUGGUAGAGUUGCACAGCGUCCCGCUCUUACCGUUUCUUUCACGGCAUCGAGGAGAGCGGCCGUCCAAUGGCAGCACCAAUACUGUGCACCCACUUCUUGAAAAAAUCAAGGAAUGGGAUGCAGUGUACAGAAAGGCAGUUGACGCAGCGAAGCUGGAAGAUGGCACAUCCAUUUUUCAAUCAAGAAGACUGGAGCGGCUGUCGCAGGCCCUGGUGGACGCCUUUGAUGAAACGCGGCUGCGGGAGCGUCAAGUUCCAUACCCAGAACGUUUGGUGCUGAUUCACGGCCGCUACAAGCUACAAGAUCUCAUCUUUGCUCCCCGGUCCUUCGAAGGCAGGCACAAGUACCCACCGCAGCUUCUUGGAGUGAUGAAUUUUAACUGUGCGGGACCCGGAGACCCACUGGUUGAUGUGGCGAGUCUUGCCCUCAUGGCGCUGCUUCGGCCACCGCGUGGCAUCUGCGACAUGCCCAGUGAAGCACGGGCGCUCUUCCCCACACCACAGUGGAUUCUGGAUAAGUACUGCAGGGCCACCGGGUACAUGCGAGAGUUGCCCAAGAAGAAGCGUGAGUCCAUCUUUAACGUGUAUAUGAGCGCCAUGUGUCUGCGCUACGCCGUCACACUGACAUCGCAGCUUUCCGAAGUGCACAAGCUGAACAAUGAGCUCUCGCUAAAGGAGACACGCAACCUGUCCGUCAUUGAGCACGCCGUACAACAGGGCCUCGCUGUCAUUCAUGAGCGCCACUCCCGAUUGUAG